CUCUCUCCUUCCUACCCAGGAGCAGCGCGCAGAUUCCCAGCGCCUCCUCUCAGCAAGAGUCCGCUCCGACUCCAGGACGCACCAUCUUUGGAAAUACAUUUCAAAGGAAUUAAAAAGGAAAUAAAAGCAUAUAACAGCAGGGAUUUAAAAAGGACAUCACACGACAGCACCUCGGAGAGUUGUCCAGGAGAGAGGGGUCUCCCCAGAACCUGAGCCAUGAGUCGCAGCAUUGUGCGGCAGAGUAAGUUUCGCCACGUCUUUGGCCAGGCGGUCAAAGCAGAGCAGGGUUACGAUGACAUUCGGGUUUCCAAGGUGACGUGGGACAGCUCCUUCUGCGCUGUCAAUCCAAAGUUCAUGGCGGUCAUUGUUGAAUCCAGCGGUGGAGGAUCUUUCCUGGUCCUGCCUGUCUCUAAGACAGGCCGCGUGGAUAAGAACUACCCGCUGGUGAUUGGCCACUCUGGACCCGUGCUGGAUAUCGACUGGUGCCCCCAUGACGACAACAUCCUGGCCAGCGGCUCGGAGGACUGCAGCGCGAUGGUGUGGCAGAUCCCAGACCACACGCUGGUCCGGCCCCUGUCCGACCCGGUCGUGGUCCUGGAGGGACACUCAAAGCGGGUGGGCAUCGUCAGCUGGCACCCCACCGCACGCAACAUCCUCCUCACUGCCGGCAGUGAUAACCUGAUAAUCAUCUGGAACGUGGGGACGGGGGAACCCCUCAUCUCCAUGGACGACCACCCAGACCUCAUCUACAGCGUCAGCUGGAAUCGAAACGGGAGCUUGUUUUGCACCACCUCUAAGGAUCGACGUCUGCGUGUCUGUGAUCCUCGUAAGAGGGAGGUGGUAGCGGAACGGCUGGCUCCACACGAGGGCAUCCGGCCAAUGAGAGCCAUCUUCACCAGAGACGGGAAUAUCUUCACCACAGGAUUCACCCGGAUGAGCCAGAGAGAGCUGGGCCUGUGGGACCCGACAAAUUUUGAGGAGCCUAUAGCACUUUUGGAGUUGGACACAAGUAAUGGGGUGUUGUUACCAUAUUACGAUCCAGAUGCCAACAUGGUGUACCUGUCCGGAAAGGGGGACAGCAGUAUCCGGUACUUUGAGAUCACGGAGGAGCCGCCCUACGUUCACUACCUCAGCACCUUCAGCAGUAAGGAGCCCCAGAGAGGGAUGGGCUUCAUGCCCAAGAGGGGUGUGGACGUCACCAAAUGUGAGAUCGCUCGGUUAUACAAGCUGCACGAUAAGAAGUGUGAGCCUAUCACAAUGACUGUGCCCAGAAAGUCGGAUCUCUUCCAGGACGACCUGUACCCAGACACAGCGGGGCCCGAGCCCGCCAUGGAGCCGGACGAGUGGCUGGACGGCCGCGACGAAGACCCUAUCCUGGUGUCCAUGAGAGGGGGUUACAUACCGCCUAAAAGUCGAGAGCUGAAAGUAGCGAGAAAGAAUGUGCUGGACUCCAGGCCGACCACCCGGCGCAGCAUGUCCGCUCUGGACACCAACAGCCUGCCGCCUGAGUUGCUUGAGAGGUUGUUGGAGGAGAUUCAGAAUCUGAAGGCCACGGUUUUGUCUCAGGAGAAGAGAAUCUGUGACUUGGAGAAUAAGCUUUCCCAAUACACCAACGGCACGGCCUGAUGUGCCUUUUUGCACACGUAUUCUAAAGAACUGGUCUAAGUUUCACAGCCGUUAUUAUAGCUAUGCAUUUCCACUGCACUCACAAGAAACCACGCUUCUAAAUACUGUCAGAGUGCUGCCUCUUUAAAAGGUACUGCCGUGUAAGGAUAUGAAUGUGGACAAUUGUCAGCUCGUGCAUAUCACACCCAGAUGCCUUGUGAUUAAUUCUACAGAAAAAUCUAUGCCCAAUGUUCAAUUCAUGUCCCUUUAAUGCUAUGGCAAUAUAUUCUAGUGUAGUCACACAUUUGUAGUUAUUUUAAAGGCUUGAGGCAGGAGCUGUGGAGCUUCAGGCUGUCAUUUCAAGGGAUAUAUGCAAGUAAGAUUAAAGGUCUGAACACAUUAAAAACUGUUUUUACAGUUUUUAAGAGGGGGAAGCGACAUUUAGAAAAAGGAAUGUAAGUGAAAGAAAAGAAAAACACCAAAUGUCCCCAAAUAUCACCACGGAAAAGCGUGUACACAUGUUUUGGCGGGUUGCUGCCUCUCUUUCCUCCUCAGAUGACCACAGUAUUAAGGCGAUUCUCUCUGAAAAACUCUCAAAAUGUAUAUAGUGAUGAAGGAAACAGAUGGAAAAUGAGAAAAUUAUUAGGUUUUCUUUUAAAAAAAGGGAAAAAGUUUAGACACAGUAUAAAAAGAAUAAAAAAAUGUGUUUUUUAAAA